UUCAAGAGUUGGUAUUCAACCUGAGAAUAUAAAGACACCUGUUUACCAAACAAAUUAUUCAGUCGGCGGUAAGAUAGUCACCUCAGCGGUCGGGCCCCGAUAAACAUGAAGCUACACCUGUUCUGCCUGAUUUUGGGGAGCGUGAUUCUGAGAGAGAUUCGGGCACGUGAAGCGACCGCCUCCAUUCCAGAUGUGGGUCAAGUCAUUAAAGAUCUCGAUGGCCUGCAAAUUGAUGGAGCGACAUUUGAGCGAGGUGCCCCCUGCAGAGUGGACCUGCAGAGGGAUCUCCCCCGGCCGGACCAGGUGCAGCCCCUCUACCUGCGCCCCGGCUCGGAGCUCUAUUGGCUGCCCAAUGCUGACGGACACCUGGAGAUUCCCCGCGGCGCCAGCAUAGAGCUGCACUGCAGCCAUCCCUUUGCGCCCGUAAAUGGCGAGCCAUUGGAUGCGGAACUCCGCUCGAUUCAGGUGAAGUGUGUGGAGGACACCACCUUCGAGUGGACGGGGGCGAAAAUGAAAUUCCGCGACUUUGUCUGCAGCCACUCCAUUCCCUACGCCGUGGAGCGCCUGGACAGGCGUUGCGGCGAUGUCACCUCGUUCCUGUAUCGCGUGGGCUACGACACCGGAGAUGGCAGAUUUGUGGCCACCAUGGAGCUGUGCCACGACCCAAAUCACCUGCGCACCCACUACGCCAGCCAUCAGCUGACACCGGCCAAUGUGCACUUCCAGAAAAACGUGAAACGCCUGAAGUUCAGCCCCGCGGGCCAUUUCACGGGCUUUGACAUGGCCAGGAUUUACUCGGCCAAGAGGCAGGCCAAAGUGAUGGCAGCCGGCCUCAUAGACGUCAAGAGUGGGCUGUUCCUGGCCCGCGGACACCUGGCGGCCAAGGCGGAUCUGAUCUAUGCCAGCCAGCAGAGGAGCAGCUUUAACUACGUGAACGUUGCGCCGCAGUGGCAGAGCUUCAAUGGGGGUCAGUGGGCCGUCCUGGAGGACUCCAGCCGGCGGUAUGUGGCCAGCGCGGGCAUCUCGGCCAGCGUGUACACGGGCACCUAUGGCGAAAUGAAGGUGGCUGGCAGCAAAAGCCUGCACCUGACCACUGAUGCCAACAACAAUGGGCUGCUGGCCGUUCCCCAGCUCUUCUAUCGCGUCCUCAUCGACAACGGCAACCCGACCCGCGGAAUCGCUUUGCUGGGUGUCAAUAAUCCACACGCCACCCUGGCCCAGAUCCACGAGUCCUACAUCAUUUGCGAUCCCGUCGAGGAGCAGGUGGGCUGGCUGGGCUGGCUGCACAAAAGCAACGCCAAGGGUAACCUGAAGAAGGGCUAUCUGUAUGCCUGCUCGGUAGCGGACUUGGCCCGUGUGGUCGAGCAGCUGCCACGCCCCCUCCUCCAGGUGGACGAACUGCUCGCCUAGAUAGGGGCGUUGCGGUCCGGGCUUCGCUAACUUUUAAGUGAGUUCAAUAAA